GAGAGAGAAAGAGAGUGAGUACUUUGCCCUCUGGAAAACGGAAAUGUUCAGUGUGCACAGAGUGGCUUGUAUAUUUCACUCUAACAUUUUACUACUAUGUUUUCCAACAUGGUAGUGGUUAGGUAAUCUUGAGAAUUUUAUUUCUUUUUUUUUCCCUUUUGCUUUCAUCAUUUUUCUUUUGCCUUUCAUUUUGUUUUCUUUUUACUCUUUCUUUCCAACCUCCUCCUCCCUUUCUUCCUUUCUUUUUCAUUUCUUUCUUCCCUCCUUUCUUUCUCCUUUUCUUCUCUCUCUCUCCUUCUCUCUCUUUUUUGAUAGUGAAAGGGGAUUGGAUUGGUUGUUCUCAGAACAGGGAGCUGGAAUUGAUGCACAGAUCAGUAGCAUCCUUGUUAGUGUGGCUGGCCCAUGAAUUCUUUUGACAUCUCUGAAGAAAACAGAAAGAACUUGAAACGGCAUGCAUGAAUUAAUCCAGUCAGAUUCCCCACAACUUCCUCAGGAGAACCCAUUUCUCUGAUUAAGAAGUUUCACCAGCAUUGAAGAAAACAGUAGCCCACUGGUGUCUAGGAGUCCAGCCUUACUCUUUGAGUGGCAGAUGCAUAUGGGUUAUAUCAAUGGACUCCCCAUGGUUUGAGUCCUGGACUUGAAGGCUUGAAACUCAUGCUGGGCACAUGUAUGCAUGUCCAAGAUCCCAGGAGGAGAAUGGAGAAGGGAUUGCAACAUGGCCAUCCCCCUUGGGAGAUGAUUUAUCACCUAUCUCUGUCUCUCUGCUCUGCCUUUGUUUUCCACUUUCAGCUUUUGAUACAUAGCUGAAAAAGUCCUAGAAAUUUGAUCAGUUCACAUUAAUCACUGAUGAAUGGCGGACCCACUGUGCACUAAUGAGAAACUUUCUUCUAUGUGAGUCAAUAAAAGAAAAAAUUAGCCUUCCAAACACCUGUAAAGAAAUGGCCAUCAUUCUGGAAUUUGAAGAGCUUCUAUAUGGCGCAUUCAUCAUUCAGAUGAAAGAGAAUCAACUGUCAUGAAGUCCGAGAAGAACUUAUAACAAAGUAGUGAGAACAAGUAGAAUAGCUUGUCAUCUGUUCUUGUACAUAAGACUUCCAUGUAGAUGCUGUAGACAAAUCCAAAGCAAACAUGAAGACAGAUCUUUGAAAAGUCCAUAAAUAACAUGUAGAAGCCCAGAUAAAUGUGCUAAGAUUAUUUUACAUUCAGUCUCUUCACUCCAUGGACGACAGUAGGAAGAACAGCAGCUCACUGUGAAUUUAAGUUCUGAGAUACUAUUAGGCAAAUAAGAUUUCUCUGGAAAGAAUCAUGCCUGCUAAUGACACAUGUAUCAGGACAGAUGGAGAUAAUACAGAUUUUCGGUAUUUUAUCUAUGCUGUGACAUAUACUGUCAUUCUUGUGCCAGGUCUCAUAGGGAACAUACUAGCUUUGUGGGUAUUUUAUGGUUAUGUGAAAGAAACCAAACGGGCUGUGAUAUUUAUGAUAAAUUUAGCCAUUGCUGAUUUACUACAAGUUCUUUCCCUGCCACUGAGAAUCUUUUACUACUUGAAUCAUGACUGGCCAUUUGGGACUGGCCUCUGCAUGUUCUGUUUCUACCUGAAAUAUGUCAACAUGUAUGCAAGCAUCUUCUUCUUGGUCUGCAUCAGUGUGCGGCGAUUUUGGUUUCUCAUGUAUCCCUUUCGGUUCCAUGACUGCAAACAGAAAUAUGACCUAUACAUCAGCAUUGGGGGAUGGUUGAUCAUCUGCCUUGCCUGUCUACUCUUCCCUCUCCUCAGAACCAGUGAUGACACUUCAGGCAACAAAACCAAAUGUUUCGUGGAUCUUCCUACCAGGAAUGUCAAUCUGGCCCAGUCUGUUGCCAUGAUGACUAUUGGCGAGUUGAUUGGGUUUGUUACUCCCCUACUGAUUGUCCUAUAUUGUACAUGGAAGACAGUUUUAUGUUGGGGAGAAGAAGAAAGCCUUGAAGAUGAAUAUCCUGUGGCUCAGGCUGUUGGGGAGAAGAAGAAAGCCUUGAAGAUGAUUCUAACCUGUGCAGGGGUAUUUCUAAUUUGCUUUGCACCUUAUCACUUCAGUUUUCCUUUAGAUUUUCUGGUCAAAUCCAAUGAAAUUAAAAGCUGCCUAGCCCGAAAGGUGAUUCUAAUAUUUCAUUCUGUGGCCCUUUGUCUUGCUAGUCUGAAUUCCUGCCUUGACCCAGUCAUAUACUACUUCACCACUAAUGAGUUCAGAAGACGGCUUUCAAGACAAGACUUGCAUGAUAGUAUCCAACUCCAUACAAAAUCCUUUGUGAGUAACCAUACCAUUUCUACCAUGGCAACUGAUUUAUGCUAAAUAAUAAUUAUAAAAAUUUGAAUGUGGCCCUAAAUUCAAGUACAAAAUAAGACUUUUGUAAUACCUUGAGUCAUGAGAAAGUACUCAGGAAGCACUCAGUGUUUCAGUUAUCUUACCAAUAUGGGGGAUUCACAUAUUCAUGACAGGACCUAUUUGUAGCAUUAUGCUACACUAUAACUGAUGUUGCCAUUCCCAUGUAGAAAUUUGUCAUAAAGUCUUUAAGACUUAACCUAUAAAAUUUCAGCUAUACCUUAUAAACAUGUGUUUUCAACUAGAGUCAGUAGUUUUACCUGUGAACCUAAAGUACAAGGAGGUUAUUAUUAGCUUGGGGCCUCCAUAAGCACUGUUCUAACAGGCACCGAAUCUCUGUAUUCAGAGGAAAUGUAGUUGUCUAUUUAUACUAGUAAUCACAGUUUACAAUCCAAUAUCAUAUUUUUGGUUGUAUUUUAAGUAAAGUGGACAAUUUAUUUAUCUUUCUGAACAAAAUUGUAUAAACAUAAGAACUUUUUUUUUAGAGAGAUUUUUGCUAUCGGGCAUGUGUACUAACCAGAGAGACAGAAAGAUAGCAAGAGAGAAA